CCUUUUGAAUUGAACAUGUUUGUAUUAUUUCUUAGAUCUGAAACUCAGCACCGAGGCUCUGCUACCCACUCUGAGAGUGAUCCGCCAGAACAGGAAGAGGAGAUCCUAGGGUCUGAUGAUGAUGAGCAGGAGGAUCCCAAUGAUUACUGUAAAGGAGGUUAUCAUCUUGUGAAAAUCGGAGAUCUAUUCAAUGGAAGAUAUCAUGUGAUCCGAAAGUUGGGCUGGGGACACUUUUCCACAGUGUGGUUAUCAUGGGAUAUUCAGGGAAAGAAGUUUGUAGCUAUGAAAGUAGUUAAAAGUGCUGAACAUUAUACUGAAACAGCACUAGAUGAAAUCCGGUUGCUGAAAUCAGUUCGCAAUUCAGACCCUAAUGAUCCAAAUAAAGAAAUGGUUGUUCAACUGCUAGAUGACUUUAAAAUAUCAGGAGUUAAUGGAACACAUAUCUGCAUGGUGUUUGAAGUUCUGGGGCAUCAUCUGCUGAAGUGGAUCAUCAAAUCCAACUAUCAAGGGCUUCCACUGCCUUGUGUCAAAAAAAUCAUUCAGCAAGUAUUACAGGGUCUGGAUUACUUACACAGCAAGUGCCGGAUCAUCCACACUGACAUUAAACCAGAAAACAUCUUGUUGUCAGUGAAUGAACAGUACAUCCGGAGGCUGGCUGCAGAAGCCACAGAAUGGCAGCGGUCUGGAGCCCCUCCACCUUCCGGAUCUGCAGUCAGCACUGCGCCCCAGCCUAAACCAGCCGACAAAAUGUCAAAGAAUAAGAAGAAGAAAUUGAAGAAGAAGCAGAGGCGCCAGGCAGAAUUACUAGAGAAGCGAAUGCAGGAGAUUGAGGAAAUGGAGAAAGAGUCGGGCCCUGGGCAAAACAGACCCAACCAGCAAGAAGACUCAGAGAGUCCUGUUGAAAGACCCUUGAAAGAGAACCCACCUAAUAAAAUGACCCAAGAAAAACUUGAAGAGUCAAGUACCGUUGACCAGGAUCAAACACUUAUGGAACGUGGUGUAGAGGGUGGUGCAGCAGAAAUUAAUUGCAAUGGAGUAAUUGAAAUCGUUAAUUAUACUGAGAACAGUAAUAAAGAAACAUUGAGGCUUAAAGACGAUCUACAUAAUGCUAAUGACUGUGAUGUACAAAAUUUGAAGCAGGAAAGUAGUUUCCUAAGCUCCCAAAAUGGAGACAGCAGCACAUCUCAAGAAACAGACUCUGGUACACCUGUAACCUCUGAGGUGUCAGAUACCAUGGUGUGCCAGUCUCUAUCAAACGUAGACCAGUCACUCAGUGAACAGGACAUCAGUCAACUGCAAGAAAGCAUUCGGGCAGAGAUACCCUGUGAAGAUGAGCAGGACCAAGAGCACAACGGACCACUGGACGGCAGAGGAAAAUCCACUGCAGGAAAUUUUCUUGUUAAUCCCCUUGAGCCAAAAAAUGCAGAGAAGCUCCAAGUGAAGAUUGCUGAUCUUGGAAAUGCCUGUUGGGUGCAUAAACAUUUCACUGAAGAUAUUCAAACAAGGCAGUAUCGCUCCUUGGAAGUACUGAUAGGAUCUGGCUAUAGCACCCCUGCUGACAUUUGGAGCACAGCAUGCAUGGCCUUUGAGCUGGCCACAGGUGACUAUCUGUUUGAACCUCACUCAGGAGAAGAAUACACUCGGGAUGAAGAUCACAUUGCAUUGAUCAUAGAACUUCUGGGGAAGGUGCCUCGCAAGCUCAUUGUGGCGGGAAAAUAUUCCAAGGAAUUUUUCACCAAAAAAGGUGACCUGAAACACAUCACGAAGCUGAAACCCUGGGGCCUUUUUGAGGUUCUGGUGGAGAAGUAUGAGUGGUCUCAGGAAGAGGCAGCUGGCUUCACGGAUUUCUUACUGCCCAUGUUGGAGCUGAUCCCUGAGAAGAGAGCCACUGCCGCUGACUGUCUCCGGCACCCUUGGCUCAACUCCUAAGCCCCAGCCCAGCUCCGCAGCAGAGAUCACACGCUGACCCUCCGCCCCUCUGCCCCUCCCCUCCGAGCAUUUCCCUCUUCCCUUUUCAGGGUGAAGCUGUUCCUUCAAGGGUUUCUAGGUUUGGGGGGGGCUUUUUUUUUUAUUCCAACGUGCUCAUUUGGGUCUGCUUACUUGACCCUGUGGAGAUUCCCCCACAGCCAUUGGGCAUCCUAGGUGAAUCUGGCCUCGAUUGGGCUUUGCCAAAGAUGAAUAGACUAAACUGUGGAACAGCCUCUCACCCUGUACCCUUGUCUUUCCAGUAGGACAUCCUUUAAAUUAUAAGCAGCCUUUUUAAAAAGAGCUAUGAAAAUGUAGGAGCCCAUCCUUUUAUUCACUGACUCUAAGAGUCAGAUUUCUCGUGCGUUCCCUCUUGCCAGCACAAGGGUGAGAGGGGGGAAGGGUGUCACUCUGUACAGCAGAGACAUUAAACUUGCUGUCUCCAGGCUGCAUCAUCCUCCUGGGUUGUUUCUGUUCUCUGUUCACGUUUUUUCCUGCGACUUAACCUACUGUCCUUUUAAAUGAGCUGUAUAAACACCAAACUUGGGUCCCAUUUUAUCACUGUUCAAAACACUGUCAUGUUCUUUGCACCCUUGAAUAACUCUAAGGGCCUUCAAACUUCAAUCUGAUUUUUGAUGGAAACCGAAACAGAACCAUUGACCAGUAAUUUCUCCAGAACCACAGGUGUUCUGCACACUGUCCUUUCCUGUGUGUCUUCUGUUGCCCUAACAGCAGAGUUACUUUGAUUGGCUGUUUGGGGGUAUUUUCAGUUUAUUUGUUUUUAAUCCCUGGCUGGCACUUUACUCCCUUCACUUUAGUGUAUCCCCAUAACUAAAGAAUCAGGGUGACUCUAGAAAGGAGAUCUGCACUCAGAUUUCCCAUCUAAAGAAAAUGCCCUAGACUUCUUUUCCAAACAGUCCCUGAACUUGUAUCUACAAUGUUUUCUUUGUCUUGUCCAAAAUUUAGCUUUGAAGCUGUUUCCCUCUGUGGCUUUGCCUUUCUCACUUUCUCAGAUGCUUCAGGUCUUAAAAGAAAUCCCAGGAUAAAAGAACCAAGGGGAGGGGUGGGAUGGCACUUUCUUCAUUAUUUUGAGGGUUUGGGUCUUUUUGUGUGUGUGUGUGUGGUUAGUUUAGGAUUAACCAUUCUCUGCUGCUAUUUCCUUGUAUAAUAUAAGUUUUUAACUGCAAUUUUGAGAUGAUUAAGAUGUACUUGAGGAUUUUUCUUUUUCAAAUGAGAAAAGGCUUUGUGAAUCUUAUUUUAGGGUGGGUCUCUCUCAGACUUGCCCUAGACUACAUAUUUCUCGGGUCCUAUUGAAAAGCAAAAGGGGCAUGAGAGAGGUCACAGCCGCUUGUUGAGCGAGGACCAAGAGGGCCUUGGGGAUCACAGAUUCUCCGCAAGCAGCUGCGGGACUGAGUCACGGAGGCCGAGGAGGUGCAGCGUGAGGCUCCCUGGCAAAGCUUCCAAGGAGACUUGGGCAGCCAGCUUUCUGCACGGGAGCUGGAAUGUAGAUUCUGUCGUUUUCCACCAACAAUGGCAAAGGGGAAAAGUGGUGCAAUUGUGUAAUCCAUUUAACUCAGACGUUACCCUGAGUGACUAUGCCAGCCAUUCAUCGGACCCUUGACUGGGUAGCCCUGAAAUCAGACGUGUUCCUAUAGAAAGAAUUUUAAGUGAGGCCAUCCGUGCACCUAUCAGGAAUAAAGAGAACAGAUUGUAUCAGCCAACGGCAGGGAACAUCCUUCAGCAGUUCUAACCCACUGGGUUUUCAGCGAUACACAUACGUUUAAAGCAAUAGCAGACUAGGACUGAAUUCUUUUCUGCACUGUCAAAUCACAGCUGGGAUUGCAGGAAUUCUGGUGAUGAUAUUAAGGUAAAAUAAUCAAAACAAAUAGCCCCAUUUUAACAGUUGACAUGAACUUCUAGUAGGAGAACCUGUAACUUCAUUUGGGAACUGUUUCUCAUGAAAUAAGGGCUUCCCCAUCAUUUAAGGAGCCAAAUGAAUUAGAAACCGUAGAAAGGCAGCUGUAGAAUUUGAUCUUCCAAGUACCCCAUGUACCUUUAUUGAACUUAAUCAUAAUUCGUCAAAUUGCCAUGAUCUCACUAAAGGAUUUCUAUUUGCUGUCAGUUAAAAAUAAAACUCUGAAUACAUUUUUAUUCUUUCUACUGGAUGCAUUGUCUGUUUUCUUUGUAAAUGCAAUACAAUAAACAGUUUAAUGACCCA